CCAUUCGGGGUUCAGGACAGAACACUCACCAUGGAGUCUGGGCUGAGCUGGGUUGUCCUUGUUGCUAUUUUACAAGGUGUCCAGUGUGAGGUGCAGCUGGUGGAGUCUGGGGGAGGCCUGAUGCAGCCAGGGGGGUCUCUGAGAUUCUCUUGUGCAGCGUCUGGGUUCACCUUCAUUAGCUAUCCCAUGCGCUCGGUCCGCCAGGCUCCAGGGAAGGGGCUGGACAGGGUCUCAGUUAGUAGUAGUAGUGGUGGUAGCACAUACUAUGCAGACUCGGUGAAGGGCCAAUUCACCAUCUCCAGAGACAACUCCAAGAACACGCUGUAUCUGCAAAUGAACAACCUGAGAUCUGAGGACACGGCCGUGUAUUACUGUGUGAGAUACACAGUGAGGGGAAGUCAGUGUGAGCCCAGACACAAACCUCCUUUCAGGGAGACAGGAGGGGGGAUGCAGGGGGCACUCAAGACAUACAACUGUGUGUUUCAGCCCCUGGAGCAGGUGCAGAUGCCCUUCAGCAACAUUUCAUUCCUGGGCAAAGAGUCCCCCAGGCUUCAGGAGGGGGACCCCAGACAUUUUCUGGGCUUCAUGAAUCUCAUCUGCAAGAAGAUGAAUCCACUGUGGUUCUUCCUCUUUCUGGUGUCAGUUCCCAGAGGUGUCCUGACCCAGGGGCAGCUGCAGGAGUCGGGACCCAGCCUGGUGAAGCCCUCCCAGACCCUCUCCCUCACCUGCACUGUCUCCGGAUUCUCAUUAACCAGUUAUGGUGUAGGCUGUGUCCGACAGCCUCCGGGAAACUGGCUGGAGUGGGUUGGUGAGAUGUGUUAUAGUGGAAGCGCAUAUUAUAACCCAACUCUGAAGUCCCGGCUCAGCAUCACCAGGGACACCUCCAAGAGCCAAGUCUAUUUAUCACUGAGCAGCCUGACAACUGAAGACACCGCCGUGUAUUACUGUGCGAAAGACACAGUGAGGGGAAGUCAGUGUGUCCUGUCCCAGGUGCUGGUGCAGGAAUCGGGCCCAGGACUAUUGACGACCCCCUCCCUCACCUGCUCAGUCUCUGGAUUCUCCAUCACACACAGUGCUGACUGCUGGGACUGGAUCCCUCAGCUCCCAGGGAAAGGGCUGGAGUGA